GGGGGCGGAGUCCAGAUGUGAGGCGGAGAUGCCACAAAGGUCUCGGGUUUCCGGGGAGGGGAGAGAUGGGGUGAAACCCCGCCUCGCCCAGUCCGGCCGAAGAGGCCCGUGUCGGGGAAAUCCCGGUCGGGGCGGGGCUCCCGGCUCCUCCCCUUGCCUCAGUUUCCCGUGGGGCGGGGUUUCCCAAGCGGCUGAGCCUCGCCCCCUCUUCCUCCUCUCCCCCUGCCCCUUGGCCCGGGGCCCAAACGCUCUCCCCGCCCUCGCCAGCGCCGCAGCCAAGGGCCCGGAACCGAAACUCCGCUGGUUUUUUCGGAGGAGAAGAAAGUCUGUGUCUGUGUAGGGGGCCGGAGGCGUCUGUCCAGGCUCCCUGCCGUCGGGGGGCCGAGGCGGCGGCGGUGCCCUCCACCCCCCGGCGGGCGCGAUGCGCCAGGGCGCGUUGCUGGUCCUGGCGCUCCUGGCCUACGCGGCCUACCUGGCGCUGGGCGCCCUGGUGGUCUCGGCCAUCGAGCGGCCGCACGAGGGGCGUCUGCGGGCCGAGCUGCGGGUCCUGAAGGGUGAACUUUUGGGCGGCAGCCCCUGCCUGGCCGAGCCGGCCCUGGAGCGCUUCCUGGAGCGGGUGCUGGCCGCCGGCCGGCACGGGGUGUCGGCCCUCCACAACGCUAGCGCCCCGUCCAGCUGGGACUUCGCCUCGGCCCUCUUCUUCUCCAGCACGCUGGUCACCACCGUGGGGUACGGCUACACCACCCCCCUCUCGGAUGGGGGCAAAGCCUUCUCCAUCUUCUUCGCCCUGGUCGGGGUGCCCUUCACCAUGCUGGUGUUCACCGCCACGGCUCAGCGGCUGUCGGCCCUCUGCACCGCGGCGCCCCUCACCCGCCUGCGCCUCCGCCUGGGCUGGGACCGGCGCCAGCUCGCCCGCUGCCACCUGGUGCUGCUGCUGCUGGCCGUGCUGACCCUCUUCUUCCUGGUGCCCGCCGCCGUCUUCGCUCACCUGGAGGAGGCCUGGACCUUCCUGGAUGCCUUCUACUUCUGCUUCAUCUCCCUGACCACCAUCGGGCUGGGGGACUACGUCCCGGGGGAGCAGUUCGGGCAGAAGAACCGGGCGCUGUACAAGGUUCUGGUGACCGCCUACCUGCUGCUGGGCCUCGUGGCCAUGGUGCUUGUGCUCCAGACCUUUCACAAGGUGGCCGACCUCCACGGCCUUACCGAGCUGGUGCUGCCGCCUGCCGCCGCCGAGGAAGAAGAGGAAGACGAUCGCGCGGGCAUCCUGGCUGCCGGUCCACCCAACUCUGCCUUCCCACCCGUCCAUGCCAACUACUCCAGCAUGGCCCGGUAGCCCCGGCUUGCCGCCCCCGGCCCCUGCUGGGCAGGGGCCGGCACCCUUCCUGGCCAGGACUGACCCUCUCCCGUGGCCUCGGCCCCUUCUCUGGUGCCCGACCCCUCAUGCCCGUGGAGACAUCAUUCAGAUUAUAUUUUUUUGUGGCAUUUCAAA